AGCUCCACCUCUACAACCCUACCCGAUUUUCUGUGAACUGAACUUGCGCGAAUUUGAAAAAACCUCGCACUCCUCGCAGUGUCAUAAAAAUCGUUCUGCGAGGGUGUGAUCUAAAUUUAAUUAUUUGGUGACAUAUUUAUUUCAAAGAUAUCUCAUUGUUAAUUCCGAAAAUAUUCGAUGAGACGAUCCAAAAUUCGUCUUAAAGAAAAAAAAUCCAGAUAUUGAAUACGGUCCAGAGAAGUGAUUUGGCUUUGGCCGCGACGUUAGCGAAAAUCAGCAUAAGAAAACCUCGUGAUUAUUUAAAUUUGUUACUAAAAUGAAGAUUUAUAAAAUGUCCACGUUAAAUUUGAUUAUUAGAAGCUCUAAGACUGCUAAUAAAUUAAAUUUUUCCAAUUAACUAAAUUUGUGAAUAAAGUGAGGUUAGUCUUUUUUUGGACUUUUUCUAUAAAACUGUGACGUCAUUUCCAAGAAAAACGCUUGUGUGACUAAUUGUUUAAAUUAAAGAAAACUCAAAUUGGUGCAACAUUUUCUAGGAUUCGCCAUUUGGUAUUAAAUGUAUUUAUAUUCAACUAUUAUGUAUACAAGUGAUUUUAAUGAAUUUAUAAAGGUCUUUUGUACUAUAAACUUGAACAAAAUUUCUGGGAUUUGCACGAAUAAGAUGCACAAUGUGGAAUCUGCCUUUGUGACCUCUAGCAUUGGAUAUCGAGCAAAGAAUGAUCCUGGAGACUGACAUCUGUUUGGUGGAGAACUGUAUCAUGGAUAUGUGACAUUUACUUGAUAUCCAUUUCCCCUUGGUUGAAUUUUAAUAUUGAUGUGAAAUGAACCGAAAACCUAGUAACUGAUUAGAUGUUCAGAGUGUGACAAGGAUCCUGCUAGAAGCCAGAAAAUAGUGUGUGAAAAGAAAAAGAAUAGAUAAAUGACAUUAAUAAGAAGUGUUAGGAGAUUUGAAGAAGUAAAGGUUGUAACGAAUUUUGACAGUUGACAGUUCCCUAAGUCGACCGGAAUUGAAAAAACUAUUAAGAUUAAUUUAAUUUAUUAAAACAUAGUGUACUUAAUUUAUUUUGACUAUUUUAAAUUCGGUGUUCGUAGCAAUUAUCUGUGUGGUAAGAAAGUAUAGUUUAAGAAGAAAAUAUAGUUUGCUAGAUAGAAAGAGACGAAACUAUGGGUUCUAGGCGUAUUUUUUCGAAGUGUUUUCGGCGCGAGACCGAUGCUGAGGUUGGUAGCAGAUUAGAGCAGAACGAAGGGUUGUUAAGAGGUCCGAAGUCCGAUGAAUUCAAAAUGUACCUCAAUAGAGGUCAAGACGACGAAAUGCAGUUCGUCUGCUACAAGAAAUGCAAAAUUAAGACCGCAUUGACCUACCUAUUUUUCCUGCUGACUGCUGGAGUCUUGCGGCUCGUGUUUCAUUGGAUACCGCAUCUGUAUCUGAAGGCUACUAGCAACAGAUGCAAGAUUGAAGAUGCCGAGAAGAUUCUUAUUACUGAAGUAUUUAAUAAAAACCACAAAACCUACCACGUACGACCUCUUCAAGUUCUAACACCCGAUAGUGUCGCAAAAAUGAAAAAGAAGGACGAUUUACUGAGACACCAGCCGUUGCCAGAUAGCGACAUCGUUCAAGCUCUAUCUGUACAUUUUGAAAAUGGAAUUUUUAGAGAUGUUGACAGGUUGUUGAUGUUUUCUUGCAAGAAAGUGAUUUACAUUUGGGAUAGUGAAAAACAGGAGUUCGUGAAACUCUCUGGCCUAGACAAAGGCGUUCCUACCGAUGUGUUCCACAAGUACAAAGGAUUAACUUCAAGCGAACAUUUUAUGAGGUUGAAAGUUUAUGGCCAAAAUUUAAUCGACAUCAAACAGCAAUCUUUUCUGACCUUGGUGUCGCUGGAGGUGCUGAAUCCGUUUUAUAUUUUCCAACUACUUAGCUUUAUACUCUGGAUGGUUGAUGAUUACUAUUACUAUGCAGCUUGUAUCAUGAUACUAACUACUGGCGGCGUUGUGAGUUCCGCUUUGCAGACUAGGAAGAAUCAGAAAAACUUGAAGUCCACGAUACAUAGUAGCGAUGUUUGUACGGUAUUGCGACGUGUCCCCGCGAAAUCCCCCGACGAAAUUGAACAGACCGAGUACAUAUCGGAAACUGUUUCGACGGAAUUGUUAGUGCCUGGUGAUAUAAUGGAAAUCCCCGCCCAUGGUUGUAUUAUGCACUGUGAUGCAGUCUUAUUGACUGGAAAUUGUAUUUUAAAUGAGUCUAUGUUGACUGGGGAAUCUGUUCCUGUUACCAAAACCGCUGUGCCGAACAUCGCCGAGAUUGCCUAUGAUCCGAAAGAACAUGCUAGACAUACGCUAUUUUGUGGAACGCACGUCAUCCAAACGAGAUAUUUUGGAAAUGAAAAGGUGUUGGCAAUUGUUGUAAGAACGGCGUUUUCGACUUCAAAAGGUAGUUUAGUACGUAGCAUUCUCUACCCCCCUCCGGUUGACUUCCGCUUUGAAAAGGAUUCCUAUAAAUUUGUCACAUUCCUAAUACUUCUCGCUGCUGUUGGAUUUGUCUACACGAUUGUCAGCAAAGCACUGAGAGGAGUCAGUCCCCGCGACUUCAUUCUAGAAGCACUUGAUCUAAUCACGAUAACAGUACCACCAGCUCUACCUGCAGCUAUGACAGUGGGCCGAUAUUAUGCCCAGAGAAGACUACAGAAUAAUAAUAUCUUCUGCAUAUCACCAAGAAGCAUCAACGUAUCUGGAUCUAUAGACUGUGUCUGCUUUGAUAAGACUGGCACUCUAACCGAAGACGGCCUAGACUUAUUGUGUGUAGUUCCUAUAGAAAAUAAUGAUUUCAAGCCACAAAUCGAAAAUGUCGAAUUAAUUUCGUACAAUACUUUAUUAUACGGUUUGGUAUCUUGCCAUUCUUUGACAAUAAUUGACAAACAAAUCGUUGGUGAUCCGCUUGACUUAAAGAUGUUUGAAAGUACCAAAUGGGCCAUGGAAGAGCCAGAAGUGGCAGACAACACCAAGUUCAACAUGAUCUUUCCGACCGUAUUAACACCCCCACAAUAUCGUUCGAACGGCCAAGAAAACAUAGUAGAGGAUCUUCAGAUCGGUAUAAUUCGAGAAUUCCCGUUUUCCAGCAGCGCGCAGCGUAUGGGUGUCAUCAUGCGACGCCUAAGCGGCACCCACUUCGAAUACUACUGCAAAGGAUCUCCUGAGAUGAUUUUGAAAUUCGCCAAGAAAGAAUCGGUACCACCUAACUUUGACGAAAUACUAGAAAGUUACACUCAAGAAGGUUAUAGAGUCAUAGCCAUCGCGCAUAAGGAGCUGAAAUUGAGCUAUACAAAGGUACAGAAAGUCCAAAGGGAGGCGAUCGAAAAAGACCUCAACUUAUUGGGAUUGAUAGUAUUGGAAAACAGACUGAAACCAUUGACCACUCCCUGUAUUCAAGAUUUAAAUGAUGCAAACAUUAGGAUUAUAAUGGUUACAGGGGACAAUAUUUUAACUGCACUAAGCGUCGCCAAAGACUGCGAGAUCGUGACCCCCGGACAAAGUAUCAUCACCGUUAAUUGCGACAACAGUUACCCGCCAAACCUUGUCUACACUCUGACCAGCAAUAAAGUCAAAUUACCAACAGACAACAGUCUCAUGUCGUAUUCGGCUAGCAUAAUGAGCCUGGAAACUAUGGAGAGCCAAGUCCAAACCAUCACCAAUAGUGCAAUAGUUCCCGAUCCCAGUUCUAAACGGCCCAGUAUUAUGUUGAAUAACUAUCGGUUCGCCAUGACUGGAAAGGUCUGGGGCGUUAUAAGGGAUUACUAUCCAGAGUUGAUACCAAGAAUUUGUACCAGAGGUACUAUAUUUGCUAGAAUGGCACCUGACCAGAAACAACAGCUCGUUCAAGAACUGCAAGGGCUGGGAUACUGCGUAGCUAUGUGUGGUGACGGCGCUAACGAUUGUGGCGCCCUUAGAGCUGCCCACACCGGCAUAUCUUUAUCAGAAGCAGAAUCCUCCGUGGCGUCGCCGUUUACUUCAAGAAACCCGAACAUUACUUGUGUACUUAACGUGAUCAAAGAAGGACGCGCUGCCUUGGUGACCAGUUUCGGAAUAUUCAAGUACAUGGCGGCUUAUUCUUUGUGUCAGCUCAUUUCAGUAAUUAUUCUUUACAGUAUAGAGUCGAAUUUGACGGAUAUUGAAUAUUUGUACAUUGAUUUAUUUAUUAUUUCGAUUUUUGCCUUUUUCUUCGGUCGAACCGAAUCGUACCCGGGGAAAUUAGUAAAAGAGACGCCGUUGAGUAGUUUAGUUAGUGUAUCCCCUAUAGUGAGUUUGUUUUUGCAGAUACUUUUAUUGGCUGUGUUUCAGGUAACGGCUUUUGAGCACUUAAAGUCCGAAACUUGGUACGUUCCCCUAAACGCCACCUUCAGUGGCGAAGAAGAGAACGUAGCUUGUCUCGAAAACUACACUAUUUACACGAUAUCCAGUUUCCAGUACAUUAUUUUAGCUGUCGUUUUCUCUAAAGGUUACCCGUACAGGAAAAGUAUUUUCACCAAUUACGGCCUUGUUGCCUCAACGAUAUUCUUAACUGGGCUGUCUGUGUAUUUAGCCCUGAUACCUCACGAACCUAUUGCGCAUUUUUUCGAACUAGUAGUACCCCAAGAUUUUACCUUCAGACUAUAUCUUGUGAUGUACGCUGCUAUCAACUUUGUUUUGAGUAUCUUUGCAGAGCAUGUAAUUAUCGAAAAAAUAUUCUUCAAGCGGUUGAGGUUCAAAUUCCACAAUAUCGACAAAUCGAAGCGAAAAUAUCUGGCCGUUGAAAGGGACUUGAGGGCAGACCGGAAAUGGCCUGUGCUUACCUCAGACUUCAAAUCCGCCGUCAGUCCUAGUUCACCACAGCCCGUUUGCCCGGCUCAGUUCGUUAUCGAACAAGAGAAUAGAUUCGACAAGAAUCAUAUACUUAACAAACUGUACGACGCUUCUGAGAAUCAAAAGAUACAACAACAAGAUACAACAAGAAGUUUGCCGAAUACGCCAGCGAGGUUGACCAACAACUUCGUGUUUCGUUCACCGAAACAUUUACAGUACCAAAUGAACGGUACCAACGAGACCGGAUAUUUCAGCCAAGACGACUUGUUUUCGAGUUUACCCUCAGAAAAUCAAACCAGUACACGAUCUGACACGUACAAGAGUAUAAGUGACAACACCAACUACGAUUUGGCGAGCUCUAACAUCAACAUUCCUGAAUUACCCUUCGAUGGAGGCAAUUCCGUACCUACGUCACCCAUUAAGAAACCAAGUACCGUUAUAAACAUCGAACUAAAUGGAUUAGACGAUCAUGUGAGUUUGAAUAGAAGUCCGCAACACAUGAAUGGAGCUAUAUUUAGCUCCCCUGCGAAAAUGAAUGGGUUUAGUCUUUCCGACACCCCAACCAACUACUCUGAUACUGUAGCAAGUUCUUUGGAACAUGAUAACAACUUAUCCCAAUUUAAUAAGUUUGGUACCAGCCCUCCACAAAACAUCGAGGGCAAGAAACACUUAGAAAUGAAUACCUUGGAUACCAACAGGUGAGAUGAGGUUUUCUUUGUAGGUUCUCUGUUGAAAUUUUUUAAAUAUGGUAUAGUUUACAGUUGAUAUAGCUUAUUAGAUGAAUUAUUUAGGCAUUUUAAACAGUAUUAUAUUUCAAAUUAAAAUACAACAUACAAAAAUUAUUUUUAUACGACCACCUAAGUAUUUAUGAUUCAUUUAAUAUAGGUAAGCACACACAGAGGGGAUUUCUGUGAAAGCUCCGAAUCUGUGAAACACCUUGUAGUAGACAAAAGAUGUCCACCUAACCUAAACAAGCUGUGGAAUUGUACAUUUCUGGUCUGUUUUUAAUCUUUCUCAAUUUUUUUCUACUACCACUGAGAGACAGGAUCAGAAACACCGAGAUAAGACAUAGAAGGCGAAGGAUUUCUUGCCUAAAAAAUCUACGUAUGUGGUUCAACACAACAGCUGUGCGAUUAAGGAGCUCGCCGUAGCGAACUCGGCUGGUUCUAUGGUCGAUUCUCGCACACAGAUUUUGGUUACUUCUUCUUCUUUUUAUUUCUCGAAGGACCAGCUGAAUUCAGCACCUGCAAGGAGUAAUCUUUGCUGGGGAGGAUGAUAGGUAAUAAAAAUACAAUGUUCAUAAACUAACAAAAAAUAGAUAUAUUGAAAAUUUAAAUUAGUCGGAGAAUAAAUGAGAGAUAGCAGAUUGAUAGCAUAAGUUUGAAUUAUGAGAUUUGUAAGACAGUUUAUCACGCAUAGAGUUUUUGAUAGAACAGCGAACCGUUUCCCGUACUGGCAACACCGCGAACUUAACGAGAGGUAAUUGAACAAGAUGUACAUAUGAUUAUCUUUGUACUUACAGUUGAUACAGCUGAUAUUGUUUUACUCUUUUACACUAUCCCUUACUGCCUAGUUGAUAAGGCCACAGACAUUAACUAUAUUGAUAUACUUGAGGUGAAAAUAGACAAAAACUACAUUGUUUGGAGCUUCUGCAAUGCUGUGUGCAUUCGCCGAUGGUUGAAAACAGACUCUCGUAGUUUGUAGUUGGGCAACUUUUAGCUUUGUUGUUUGGCGGGAAAUAUAGUUGGCGGGUAUAUGGGUAAAAAACUAGUUUUGAAGGGACAGGUACAAGGUUCUAAUGUGUUGAAAUAUUGAAAAUAUUUGUUCGCUGUAGAAAUUUAUGGGAAAUUUAUACAACAGCCACAAAUCUUUUCAGAACAGCAGUGUGCAAAGUACAGAUUGUCAUGAUGGUCGAUAACAUCCGAAACAAAUAGGCACUACAAGAAGAAGAAGACAGAACGAAGAUCAAGGAUAUCGUGGAAGAAUUUUAAAAGAUCAAAUGGCGCUGGGUCGCUGAAAUAGCCAGAUAUGAUGAUACAGGAGGACACGGAUACUCCAAGAAGGAAGACGGAAAAGAGAUGGAUAGAUGACAUAAGAUGAGUGGCAGGCAGACAGUGGAUUAGAUUGUUGCAAGAUGGAGAAAUAUUGAAGUGGAUCCACUCCGCAGGAAUGGAUGGAAAAUGGUUCAACGAAGAAGAAAAAGAAGACUCCCAUCAUUUCUCCUUUCUUCUAUUUGUGACGUUAUUUUGUUAUUUGUGGCCUGUUUCAUAAUAUCUGUCUUUUACUAUUUCUGAACGUUAUUUUGUCAUUGCUAACCUGCUUUCCCUCUCUCCUACUUGUUUCCCCUGUUACUUCCAUCAUAUUUUCGUUCUUCUGUUUCCGAACGUUGUUUUCUUAUUUAUGGCAUGUUUUAGAUAUUUUUGUAGUUGCUUUUCCUCAUAUUACUUCAACCUUCGUUCUACAAUUUCUGAUUGGUUGGAUUGAUGUUUGUAUGGAACGUGACGGGAGGAUUCUGGAGGUUGGAAGGUUCUCAAUUGAUGGACGAUGACUGAGGGGAGGUUUUCGUGUUGGAAUUUACUGGAUCUCUUUUGAGCUCAGUGUGAUGAAGAUGAAGCUGGAUUAGAAUAAAAGUUGAUUCUGAAUUCUUCUGUUGGUUUGACCCAUCUAUAAUCAUAGUCUGCACAAAAAAUUUCAUUCCAUUUGUACUUAUCUGAUCUUUGGAAAGACCGAUCGGCGGAAAAUAUCGUUUGAAAAUCCCCUUUGUGUGUCUACAUGAUAAAAUAAUAUCGAUACUUGGCAAAUGUUUAAGCAUUAUUUAUUAACGUUUCGACGUCCAAAUCGGAUGCCGUUGUCAAAAUACAAAAAAUAAAAAUAUAUUUUUAUAUUUAGAUGUAUUUCAACGGCAUCCAAUUUGGACGUCGAAACUUUAAUAAAAUCAUUUUUUAGUAAAAUUGUGGCUUAUUUCCCAUUAAAAAUAGUUAAUUGCAAAAAUGCCACAAGAAAAUAGCUUCAGAACAACACGUCUAAGCAUUUUAUAAAAUGCUGUUUGCUACUUUUAAAGUUUAUAGCAGUUUACAGUACACCAAUAUAAGGCUAAAAAUAAACUCGAAUUGCCUUAUAUUAUAUUCCGUUAUAUCUUCCCAUUUCUUUAUAUAAUUUAAAAUGAAACGGUUGAUCAAAGUUUAAUUUUUUAUUACAUCCAUCUACCAAAUGUCUUUCAAAAUAUACUUGCCAGAAAAUGCUUUUUUUUACGUGCCCCAUUUUAUUUAUUGAUAAUGUCUCGAAAGGGCUCUAUUUUGUACACAAGAUUUGAAUGUGGUGCCUCCAUCUGUUAUUAUAAUAUAACCGCUUCUGUAGAUAUUUUGUUUCCGCGAUAACUUUCACUAUAUAUGCGUAUUUGUACAGUGGCUUUUGUAAAAAAAAACAUUGUCAUAAAGACAUUUUUAAAAAGAUAUCAAUGUACAAAAGAUUUAAUACUUCCGUUUGAUUUUAUUUUUGAAAUGUCUUCCAUCUAUGUAAGAGUAAAUCAGUAAAUAUAUCUAAGUCAUAUUUGUAUCCACUGUUAAUUUUUAAACUAUAUUAGAAUUGUCACAAUUUUUAUGUGUAGAUUAAGUACUUAAUGCCUGGUUGCACCAACAAAUCUUAAGCUCCAGCUUGACCCAGCACAGUUUAUAGAUAGGGCCGCUUUAACUCUCACUUACGUUGCACCAUAAUUUUCGAUUCUUAUCAUCUCAAUCCAAGUGGCAAUCCAUUGUGACAAGCUGAAAAUUAUACAAGACUCGAUAGUGCAACGCGCAUGUUUCGUAAGCUGAGCUUAAGACACGUCUUAAGCUUAAUAUGUUGGUGACUGGUUGCACCAACAAAUCUUAAGCUUAAGACGUGACUUAAGCUCAGCUUACCACAAUGGAUUGCCACGUGCUACAAUCUAAUAUUGUAGAGGGCGCAAAAGUCGAGGCCUCAAAAAAUGAUAGCGGACAGUUAAUCUCAGGAUUUGGAUAUCUGAAACAACAAAAUCGUACUGCAUUUGAAAAAGGAAGGUUUCUUACGUGACAAUUUAACACAAUUUGACCAAAAAAUAAAAAAUAAAUAUUUUUUAACCAUGAAAACUGAAGAAAAUCGGGCAAUUUUUUCACAAAAUUUUUUCAAAUUUCCGUAAAAUCUUUUUUGCGGAAUUUUUCACUAACGGUGGUAAAUUGUCACGCAAGAAACCUUCUUUUUUCAAAUGCCGUACGAUUUUUUUCUGUUUCAGAGACCCCAAUCCCGAGAUUAACUGUCCGCCAUCGUAACUACUUUUUUUCGAUGCCACGACUUUGGCGCCCUCUCCAAUAUUAGUGUACAUGCAUAAAUGAAAAAAGAUAUAUUUUUUGUAUUCUCUGAGGGCCGGUUGUUCGAACGCUAAUCAACAAUGAUCAUUAUUAAAUAUUUAAUUACUGUCACCAAAACUGUCAAUGUCAACUUUGUUUGGGUUGCUGAAAACAUAAUUAAUUACAAUUAUGAGAUUUAUUAUUAAUUAUGUUAAUAAUUAUUGUUAUAUUAAUUGAUUAUAGUCUCAGAAUUGUAAUUAAUUAUGUUUUAACAACUGGCAUUGACAGUAAUUAAUUAUUUGAUAAUGAUCAUUGUUGAUUAGCGUUCGAACAACCGGCCCUAAGAGUUAGAUAUUAAUAUGUUGAAACGAAAUAAGCGAUGGACUACCACAGCUAAUUGAAAUAAUAUUCGAAAAUAUUACCUCAAUCAUCCAAUAUAGCCAUCGCCACACCCUUAGCUUAGCUCAGUCACUCAAGGUGUGUGUUCGUCUUGUCCUAAUCUUAGAAAUGAACUAUGAAAGUUUGGAAUGAAAGCAAACAAAACAUUAUUUUUAACUAAUCAUGUUUAUUGUUCAUAAAGAUAUAAUAAAAAUAUGACUUAGUAAAUUGCAUUAACAAAUAUAUUCAAAUUCUUGCCAAAAACUAACAAUUCUGGAUUAUACUUAUGGCUUUUGGUAUCUGAUGGUAACUUCUUGAUGUCGAAUGGUACUGCUGUUGACUUCUUGUAGGCCUGGGCGGAUGUUCGGCACUAGGCCCCUGCAGCUGAAGAUGUUGGGUGCUGUAGUCUAGACGAUUUGGUUGCAGUUAUCAGCCUCGUAUUGAUGCAUCGCCGGCGAUGGGCUUCAUUCUCCCGAAAGGAAAAAAGUAGAUCUUAUCCAAAAACUAUAAGAUAAAAUCACAUAUCAACAAUCAAGAAGAUAAACCAACGUAUGCCGUCUGCCAUUCUAAUCGUCACAGAGAGUAGCAGAUGACAAGAAUAAAUUAAAUGAAAUUUAGAUGAGGAGAAUAGUUAAAAUUUGAUUACUAAACGUAAGCAAGCAUAGUGAUUUAACCCAGCUUGAGAGACUUGCUCACCCUUAGAGAAUGACAUUCGGGUGAUACAAUUCAUUGGGGCGAGGAGGAUUAACUCCCGUAAGCAGGAAUCACUCCACCCCUCUUCAAUGCUCCAGACCAUCCACUUACCCCCCGAUAGCACUCUGAUGCGCUAUAGGGGCUCUCAAUCAGCAAAGUGCUUAUCAUAUGGGAGUCUUGGCCUGCAUUGAUCGGGGUACGAUUUCAUAUGGGAGUCCGUGUACCCAAGACUCCCAUAUGAUAAGCACUUUGCUGAUUGAGAGCCUCUAUAGCUUACUAAAUAUAUAGAUUACUAAACGUGCAUAUAUGUAAAUUAAAAAGAUAAUAUAUUUAAAACUAAAAUAUCAGAAACCAUGCUUUUGACAUUGGAGGUUAGAUAUAAAAAUUUUUAGAAAAAGCCGUUAGAUGUAGAAAUGGAAUUACAAGAAAAAAUAAUAAUGAAUUCUUACCCCAAAAGAAAGAUGAUUUGAAUAAAAAUGAUUUAUUUUUCACUUUACAUGCCUUUUUAAGAAAUAAUUUUUCUCUUCCAUUUUGUGUCUUCGGGUAGGGAUGAAAUGACACUGUCAUUGAAAACGACAUUUGAAAUGAAUAGAAGUAGCAGGCAUGUUCCGUAUUGAAAAGCAGAUAUUUACAGAGUAAGAAUAUACAGGGUACGUUCAGUAUGAUGAUUUAGAUUUUAGAUGAAAAGAGAUAUAUUAAAUAGAAGAUAAUAAAAGACGGUAAUAAAAGAGGAUAAUAAAAGAGAAUAAUAAAAGAGGGCGCCAAACAAGUUUUUAAUGAAAAAGCAAGUUAAAACGAAUAGAAGAUAAUUAUUAAUGAAAUAUUGAAGAAAAUAGAAUAAAAUAAUUAUUUAAAAAUAAAAUAUCAAAGAUGUGACGUUUGUAACGUUACAAUGUAAAAGGUUUUAUGUUCAUUUUUAAUAAAGAGUCAGAGAAAAAAAUCUUGAAAAAAUGCUUAUUUUUAGUCUUCUAAAUUGUGCUAGUACCUUAAGACGUGCUUAGAUAAAAAUCGAAAAUUAUGGAUCUAUAAGCUGAGAUUAGCUAUGCUGGAGCUUAAGAUUUGUUGGUGCAACCAGGUAUUAGUGUCCUAUAUUUUAUUAAAUAGUACAGGAUUUGCCUUUUUUGAUUUAAAAACAGGCAACGCUGAAUUUUGAUUUGCAUUUGUGACCAAUAUUUAAUCUAAUGUAAAGUAAAUGCAAAAUAAAUUAUAUGACGUAUAACGACAGUUAUUUUGCAAUUAUUAUACAUUCUUAUCAUAUUAUAUCUUUAUAUACAGUUGAGUCCCCGAGUCUUUACCCGUGCGUCAUCCUUUAAAGCAUACGAAAUAAGUCGGAAAUUUACUAAACGCAACCGCAAGUGACAGUUGUGGGUAUUAUUCCGAUCACGGGUUAUACUAUACAAUUUGACGUUAUCAAAUAAAUAGAAUGUCAAAUUUAAGUUUUGAUUUAAAAUUUUGGUGCAUAAUUACAGCUACAUUUGAAGUAGCUUAAUAAAUUCUUUAUUUACCAUUAAUUAAUAAAUAAAUAAACAAUUUAUAAAAAAAUUCGAUAACAUAUUUUCUUUUUGUUAUUUUAUGCACUUUGACGGAAUAUUAAACACAAGCAUUCCUUAGCUUUGCCAACAAUGAGAUUAUUUGUACGUUGUCAAAAUUUAUCGUAAAAUAACAUAAACUUAUCAUAAAAUUUCUAACUCCAAUAUAAAAUUAGUUGUGAAAACAACUGUUGGUAUACUAUAAAAAACUUCAAAAUGCAAGAAUUCGACAAAAUAACCGCAAAAUUUCAACAAACUUAUAGCCACAAAAGUAAACAAAACAUCAGAAAUUGUACUUAAAAUAUGUGAAAACAUCCCCAAUCGUCUUUCUUUGUACCUAUCUCUUUUCAACGCACUGAGUCUAGAUCGUUCAUAAAAAUAACAUGUGUUUUUACUUCAUAACAGAGCUGGUUUUUCUUUAGUUUCAUGCGUGGAAGAUAAUGAUGCUAGAUAAAAAGUAUGUGUUUUAUCUCGCCAGGUAUUAAUGACUCACGGGUAAAGACUGGCGGACUCAACUGUACUAUGUGUUGUAGGUUUGAUUGAUAAGAAUCUUUUAGUAAACAUUAUAUUUGCAUAAAUCCUAUAUCCUAUAGAUAAUUCCAAAUGCAAGCAUUUAUACAGUGGUCUUCAUAACAGUAUGGUCUCGUUGUUGAUCUUAUCUGAUCAUGAUCUGAUAAUCAAAUGAUAAGAUUGUGGAUAAAUAACCAUUUUACUUUUUUUUUUGAAGAAUUUAUAAAAUAUCUUAAUUAACCUAUGAAAUGCCAAUAGUGUCAAAAUUAUAUACAUGUCAUUAGUGUCAAAAUUUGAUAACAGUGGAGUAAACUUGCCCGAGGUUGGACCAAUUACAAACAAGCUUUACGGCGCGGGAAUUUUGAAUUACUCCUCUUGGUUUAAAAAUAGACUAUAGUAAUAUUCGCUGUCUAUACAGCGUUACACGUUAAGAAUAGAACAUUGCGGAGAUAGUCCCAUGUAUUUCUUAUGAACGAUAGAAGCGCGACGAUGCCAUGCCGUACUCGAUAGAAUGAAUCGUAUAUCGGCAGUCGAGUAGCCACCCAUGCCCGAGAGGUUUGCCAACACUGAUCUUCAUAAGCGCAAUGUUCUAUUCUUAACGUGGAACGCUGUAUAGACCAAGUGAAUUUAAUAUUUUCUCCCUAAAGAUGAAUGGUUCGGUAUCAUUUUUAUUUGGUGUGAUAGUGGCACUCCUAUUGUCUUCAAAUAGUGUUGCCACAUUCGUGUUAUUGAAUUGUUGCUGUAAUUAAUUAAACUGUUUUUAUUGUCAUUUGCUUUAUUGUCUUCAAUCAGUUGCCACAUUGUUCAUCCAUGUUAUUUUUAUUUCUUCAACACCAACUAUUGGAUUUUCUUGAGUGUGUGUACGUUUACAUUUAAAUAUCUCGAUUUCUUAACACUGUUCUUCAAGAAUUCUGUUUUUAGCUUUUCUGACAGCUUUUCUUAUCUCUCUGUCUAGGCGCUGAUAUAAUCGCCUUUAUUUAUUAGUUUAUUCAGUUGUCUUCCUAUAUUAAUAAAGUGAUUGAUGCUGUAAUGUGAGCCAACAUACCAAACUGUACGUUUCGUGACGUAGUUGAUCUCAGAUGAUACUUGUAUAACUGGUUGCGUAACAUAUACUUGCAUAUUAUUUUUUACUUAAAUUAUUAUUUUAUAAAUGUAGCGGUUACGCUACUAAUUAAAUUAAUUCAAUUAAAAUUGCAUUAAUAAUAUCCCUCAAGAAAUUCCUUGUGAUACGCCCGAGAUCGAUUUUAAAACGACAUUUCUCUGCUCACGCGCGACAAGCUCUUUGUAUUGCAAGCGAAAGUAAUUUCUGGAUUGGAACAGCAGUUGGUCAAAAACUCGUCAAGGUAACACGCCGCUAUUAUCUAAGCGACGGAAUUUGAAGCCAAAUUGGAAAUGAAAUCUAACUAAAAGGAAAUCAAACAUCAGCCUAUACCAUGUGCCAAAACUAAUAAAUCAAACUUAAAUAUACCUGGGGACUUAUUCACAUAAAAGAACUAUAAUACCGCCGGCGUGUUGUUUGUUUCCAGUAAGUAAUACAUAUAUUUCUCAUUUUUCCGUUGUAAAAUUAAAUUCAUCUUUGUAGUUAGGUAUUUCGUUAGGUAUUUCGUUAGGGAUUAGAUUUCGUAUUGGGAUAAGAAACCACAUAAAUGGCAAAAUAUGUGUAUUCAUUUAAUAUGUUUAUUAGUUUUGGCACAUGGUAUUGGCUGAUGUUUGAUUUCCUUUUAGUUAGAUUUCAUUUCCAAUUUCGCUUCAAAUUCCGUCGCUUAGAUAAUGGCGGCGUGUUACCUUGACCAACUGCUGUUGCAGACACAGCUGCGCACUACAAAGUGCUUGUCGCGCGUGAGCAGAGAAAUGUCGUUUUAAAAUCGAUCGCGGGCAUAUCACAAGGAAUUUCUUGAGGGAUAUUAUUAAUGCAAUUUUAAAUGAAUUAAUUUAAUUAGUAGCGUAACCGCUACAAUGUGAGUUGAAAUUGGGACGACAUUGACUCAAUAAUUUAGGUGCCAGUGCAAUCUGUUUGUAUCUCUAGCUUAUUAUUAGCGUAUUAUUAAUUUAAUUGAAAUGAAAAUAGGAAAAUUUUAUAUGCCACUGGUCUUAAUGUAUGUGCAAGAAGUAUUUUUAAUACAUAUCUUUAAAGAAAAAAAUUGUAUAUUUUGUGUGUGUACAAUUAACGAUUGUGUGUCGUAUCCUUGGAUGAGACCGCAGGAAACAGAUAGUCAAUAAUUAAAUUUGUAAACACGAGAGCAGAAGUUUGACGGCUUUUCUAGGUAAAUAUCGACAUUGCAAAAAAUUUGAUUGAAAUUAAUAAAAAGUCCUUUCGAGAAUAAUUUAUUAGUUAACCCAAAUUUGUAACAGAUACAGUAAAAUUUCAGUCUUCCACUUGCUGUGCAAAGAAAAGUAGAAAAUACACGUUAGAUAAGUCUCUGAAAUAAUAUAUAUGGAGAAAAUGUGGUGCUAUAGAAGAAUUUUUAAAGUUUCCUGUGUGGAGAAGAUUCGAAACUCCACAAUACUAAAACGUCUCAGCAAGACUACUGAUUCAUGGUUGAAGAACUUGCGAGAUUGGUAUGGUGUUGAUAUAGACGGAGAGGCAGCGCCUCUGGUGUUGAUAUAAAUUUUUCACAGUUGAUUACUGUGAUUGUGUAGAGAAACAUACUGCGGUCGGUCAAGCGAAACGUAGAACAGGGGUUACUGAGAGGGUAUCAAAGUUGCUUUCCUACGAAGGUAAUUAAAUCCAUUUACUAAGGCUGAAAAUCAGUACACACAUUCUAAAUUGAAUAUAAAUAAAAGUUAUUGUAGUCAGUCAGCUGUAUGACGGGACAGAGCCGGUCGGUCGGCCCCAAUGAAUGUACAGGACUAUUCACUAUAUUUUGACCCCCUUGUAAACUGCUUUAUUUACAGAAUUAGAAAAAAAUGUAGAAUACAAAAGUUUUUCGAUUUUUUAAUUAUGAUUUUUUGACACAUAUAUCGUACUAGUGACGUCAUCCAUCUGGGCGUGAUGACGUAAUCCACUAUUUUUUUAAAUGAAAAUAGAGGUCGUGUGCUAGCUCAUUUGAAAGGAUAUUAAAUUCUCUAUCUAUACAGUACUAUAAACAUUAAGAUCAUUAUUUAUACAGGGUGUCCAAAAAAAUUUUGAAUUAUUAAUAAUUAAACAAUUAAUUUAAUUUAAAAAAAAAAAUUUGGACACCCUGUAUAAUUAAUCAUGUUGAUGUUUAUAUUACUGAAUAGGGAAUUGAAUAACCUUUCAAAUGAGCUAGCACUCGACCCCUAUUCCCAUUUAAAAAAAAAUAGUUGAUUAGUUCUGUACUACUAUUACUAAUUAUUACUAAUUCUGUAAAUAAAGCAGUUACAAGGGGGUCAAAAUAUAGAUGUACAUUCACUGGGGCCGACCGACCGGCUCUGUAUACAGCUGACCGACUAUAAUAACUUUUAGUUAUAUUUAAUUUAGAAUAUGUGUACUGAUUUUCAGCCUUAGUAAAUGGAUUUAAUUACCUUCGUAUAAAAGCAACUUUGAUACCCUCUCAGUAAUCCCUGUUCUACGUUUCGCUUGACCGACUGCAGUAUGUUUCACUACACAAUCACAGUAAUCAACUGUGAAAAAUCUAGCUUUAGUAAAUUCAAAAAGAUUUUUCAGCGCUGCCUCUUGGACUAAUACAAGCAUGUUAUUUAGGGCGGCAGUGAAUAAAAUUAAGAUAGCUAUGACGGUAACCAACAUUCUGAAAGGACAUGGUACGUCAAAAGGAAAGGAAGGAGAAAAUAUUUAAUUCUACUUGCUACCAAAUUAGUUACAUAAUAUGUGACGCAGCCUACUCUUAAACUAUGACAGCUAAACCAAGUUUCUUUGGAAACUAACUGUUGUAGUCAAUAUUGCGGGGUCUUUAUUUUUAAUUUAACUUGCGAAAUUCGAUCGUAAGUAAGAAAUUUGUGGUAUGUAUAUCAAUAACAAUUAUUUAUUUUGUCCAAUAAACUUGCUUUUGCCAUGUCGUGUAUCACAAUGGAAUCGCUGUUGAACUUUCUGUACUAGAUUCUAAUCUUUCAUUUUUAUUUCACGAUUCUUAGGUCUAGUGCACACGGAGCAACUGUUAUAAAACUACGGUCUGAAAACUAUUGCAUUCGCAACUAUUUUCUUAUUUCUGCAGCGUAAUAGCACGAGGAUCCGUCCAUGAGACGAUCUGCCUGAAACUGGUUUCCAACUAGUUUUCAACCGUAAUUUUAAAACAGUUGCGUCGUAGGCGCUGCAUAUUUAUCAUAAGCAUUGAAUUAUAGUUCAAAAUGGACGAUAUGACUUAUUGUUAGUACUUAAUUCUGCAAUCUCUUAAAACAAUACCACGUACUUGUGAAAUAAGAAAACUUUAUCAAAAUACUUUAGUACUUAAGUUGUAAUGAGUAUUAACAAGUUUUAUCCGGUGUGCUAUGCCCGGGCGUAAGUUGAGACACAGAUAAUAAGGUUAGGUGAAAUUUGUAGGGUUGGUAAAAUGGGAUGACCCACCCAUAGACAUAAUAAUGAUAGACGAGGCGUACUAAGCAAAAUAGCGUAAUAAUCUAUCUAUCUCUUUUUACUAAGCGAUCCCGCUCAUAUGACAGACAAAGAUGGCCAGACCACUCAAAGUAAAUACUGACCAAUUACGUCCUUGAUAUCGGCGUUACACCUCGAUGCACAGAGCGGCCCAUACAUUGCCUUAUCUAUUCGUAUUAUAUCUAUGGACCCACCUCACUUUGACGGUUUAAAGUUUUUUCUCGAACAUUGGAGACUAUUAUCAUUUCAUCUUCAUCAAAAUACAAAAUAAAUGGUUGCAUCAUGUAGGAAAUGGAAUACUGAUAAUUGUUUAGCCCUAAUAAACACUAGAUGCGGAAAUGAUCGCUACAGUUUAAAUAGCUAGAUGCGUAGUGCAGGCAUUGUUGAUUUGCCAAUUCCACCAGUGUUGAAAUUCUGUUUUUGUAAUGGUCUUUAAUGCCAUCGUCAUAUUCGUUUGAAUUGUCUAUUUGACGCUUUUUAUUAAUUACAAUUUCAGACAUUUUCCCUAGUUGCUCGCCCAAAAGAGAAUUUUUAGCGCCACACGUGUUGGGAUCAUAAACUAAAAUAUUUGGCGCCCAAUUCAAAACGUAUGUUUUAUGUUUUGAAUGAUUUCCUACUAAAUCUCAUUUUUAAGCAAUAAAGAAUGAAAAUAGCUACAAAAUAAGAGAUAAAAACUUAUUUAUUAUUUAUUUAUUUCUAUGAUUUUCUUUGGUAAAGUGCUCCGUUGUAACUUCUAUACCCUAAGGCCAAUCAAACCAAUGGAAGAAGAACUUCUAUACCUUUUAAAAUCCUAUUUUAGUACCAUGCUCAAAUUUUAGGCUUCCUUCGCAAUUUGUCAAUACUGUUCUCGAUCUUGCGCGGAAUGUAACAAUUAUUCAUUUGCUGACAAGCCAGUCCCUAGAAGGUUUCGGAGCCAUGAAUAUUUUUAUUCUUUAGAAGAUCAUAGGGGCAGCUUUUUUUCGAAUUUAAAGCAAAAUUUCGAGCAUUUCUGUCAUAUUCAACGAUGAUAAGUUGUGACCAUCACAAAAAAUACAGUAUAAUAUAAACAAAACAGUCUUGUUAUGAACAAGAUUAUUCCCUUUGGUAGUUAGUGAAGAGAUAUUGAGUAUACUCGUAUUUCACAGAGGGCGCUGAAAGGUUUUAACGCUGUUAUGAAUGAAAAUCCAAAGACAUAAAAUGUAAUAUUGUUUACAAUACACUGCGCAUGCGCGCUAUGGCCUAGUAAAACCUUAAUAAUCAUUGUCUAGGUGAAUUAUUUAACAGAGCGUUAACAUUGCAUACCCAUACCUAUAACGGAUAUGAAGACGGUCAUUUGUUCUGUAAUUUUAUGAAGGUGGUGAUGAACAAUUUAAAGGGGUGGCUAACCGGGGUUUAAUCGAGACAGAAAGUACCGGCCCUUAGAUUAUGGCAAACUUAUAGGCUCUGUCGCCUGAUCUCAUCAAACUGUGUCUCAACUUGCGCGUGGGCUCCUUGAUAAAAUAUUUGCUGGUGAAGCAGUAGAUUAAGUGAUAAAGUGUAGUGAUUAGUAAAUAAAUUGUGAUCUUAUAUUUUAUUGUUGAACCUUUUUUGUUGAUCAUUUCUUGCUUUGUAUUUUAUUUAAAAUAAUUUAUAUACAAUAGGUAAGACACCAAAAUGUUUAGCAAGUUCUAAACCAAACAGUUUAUAAUUGUUUCAUUUUAACCCUUAACUGGAGAGACCUCUUUUUAGCACACGACCGGAGACAUGCCUCUCAGGCAGAUAAUAACUACGUAUACAUAAAUGUUGAUGAUACGAUACAGUAAAUAAAUUUUAAAAGUGGAAAGAUUAUUGAUAGUAAUGACAUAAGGGCUAUCGCUACAGAAAAAAGGAAAUAUUUCAAAUAUGCAUUUUUUAUGUUAUAACUCUAGAAAACAGUACUUACAACUUAAACUGAUAUAAAAAAUGUACUGUAACACGCACUUUACGUAAUCAACUUAGUCACACAAACAGAGACGUGCCCCCUGACAGACUGGUAAAAACUGAAUUUUUACGAUAAUUUUGAAAGGAGUGAAUAUUUCUCCUUUCAAAUCAGGCGAGUGCUAAGCAACCAAUAGUAUUAGGAAUAUAUGAAGCGUGAUGCCGGUGGGUGGAGUUGUUCGCAAUAAUCUUUAGAAUAUGUUUAUGUUACAGUCUGUCAGACGGCACGUCUCCGGUUAAGGGUUAACAGUGUACUUGCAACGUCUAUGUAUGAUUGUUUGCUCCUAAAGUUACCAUUUGUAGUACUUACCUAUUUGUAAAUUUGUCUUCAGUACCGUACCGUAUAUUUAUUCAUAGAGUAAAUGAAUUGAAAUGUUUACUUCACCAACAAUUUUUCAUGUACUUUCUCAUUAAUAAUACAUAUAAUUUUUUAUACAAAGUAUUUAUUGAUUUAAUAAAAAGAAUAGUGUUCA